GUACAACUAAUAGAUAUACACAGAUAAAUAGUAGGAGAAUUGCAAAUUUUUCAAAUAUUUCAUUAUUUGCAAUAUAUAUUAGAAUCCUGUAUAUAGCGUGUGCUUAUGUAAUCUAAUCACCAUACAAAAUUAAACCAAUAAACGUUGAUGAUUUUAAUCUUAUUCAGACAAACAAAAAAAAUUUACCAUUGACCAAAAGCAAUCUGUACCAAAAUCCGAUCACUUUGUCGUUAUAGAUACCUUAUAAUCAACAAUAGUUAAGGAAGUACGAGAAUAGAAGAAUUCAUAGUACUGUAAUUUACUACUGAUAUAUUCAUCAUCAAAUUUUUUGUUGUUCAAUUCCUUUUCAAUCUUCAUUAUUUUUAAUUCACUACUACUUUACAUUUAUUUAAUUUGCAUAUUCAUUCCUAAAAUUUAACUCAUAUAAAUCAUAUAAUAGACAUAAUGUUUAAAUCAAUCAUAACAAAUAAUCUUGUUAAACAAUCCAUUAUAAGUCAACAACGUAUGGCAUUAUCAUCAUGUGCAAGACUUUAUAAACCUGUUGCUACCCUUAAUGAAGGAUCUGAAUAUUUAACAACUGGUGGAUCUAAUCAAUCUGCAUGGCCAAAAGGAUUUAGAGUUCCAAGACCAAAAACUUGGGAAGAAAGUGGUGAAAGUGCUUUAAGUAAAGCCACUAAAUUUUUCUUUUUAAGUGAAAUUGCUAGAGGGAUGUAUCUUUGUAUGGAAAUGUAUUUUAGAGCUCCUUAUACUAUUUAUUAUCCUUUUGAAAAGGGUCCAAUUUCACCAAGAUUUAGAGGUGAACAUGCAUUAAGAAGAUAUCCAAGUGGUGAAGAAAGAUGUAUUGCAUGUAAAUUAUGUGAAGCUAUUUGUCCUGCUCAAGCCAUUACAAUUGAAGCUGAAGAAAGAGCUGAUGGUUCAAGAAGAACUUAUAAAUAUGAUAUUGAUAUGACCAAAUGUAUUUACUGUGGUUAUUGUCAAGAAUCAUGUCCUGUGGAUGCUAUUGUUGAAACUCCAAAUGUUGAGUAUACUACUGCCACUAGAGAAGAAUUAUUAUAUAAUAAAGAAAAAUUAUUGGAAAAUGGUGAUAAAUGGGAACAAGAAAUUCAAUAUUGUAUUGAUGCUGAUGCUCCAUACCGUUAAUCAUAUCUCCUCCAUCUAUGCAUAACUGAUAUGAUUGUUUCAAUUAGUUUGAAUUCUAUUGUAUGUCGUUCGUAUCACAUAAUUAUAUUUAACUUGGCUAAAUCAACAAUCAUUCGUCUUAACAGCCAUUUAACAGCAUUCUUUUGUAAAUUAUUUAUAAUCUUUCUAUAGAUUAUUUUCUAGUAAAAUCAAGCUUUUUAAAAAAUAUACAAUAAAUAUAUCGAAUAAAGUAAAUUCUACAAAUGUAAACCA